UACACACACACUACUCUCAUCUCUCUCAAAGCAAAGCAAUCAGAAGAAACAACAAAGCGUGCCUCUUCUCUCUCUCUUCAUCAUUCUCAUCAUCUUCUUCACCACAUUCCCAACAUUAUCAUUCCCUUCUUCCUCUAUAAAGAAUCAUCACUUCCUUCUUCUUCCCAUGGAUCCUUGGGAUAACUAUAACAAACCAAUAGACCACCACAGUCUCCGUAACCGCCGUGACCACCGUCAUCCUUCUUUCUCCUCCUCUCUCCUCGACCAAAUCUACCGCUCCAUCGACGAUUCCUCUACCAACUCCUCCUCCGACCUCUCCAUGAGGAAAAACAAACAGAACCGCGGUGACGAGACUCGCGUUUCUGCUAACCGUCGCGGAACCGCCAACGAUUUCAACAGAUCCAAGAAUCUUAUUAAAACCAUAGAACCUGUUUUCUUUAAACAUUCGAGCUCUAGCUCAUCUGACUCAAGCGGUUUCUCUUCUUCAGAGUCUGAUUCUUUCUACAGACGAUCAAAAUCCUCGCCGGCGAUUUCUCAUCCUAAACCGAUUCGAACCACCGUCGAGAGAUUCGAACGAUCUCCACAGAACCACCGACUUAACAGUAAACAAGAACAUGGAAGCUUUCUCAAAACGAAAUCUAAAGCUUUGAAGAUUUAUAGCGAUUUGAAGAAAGUUAAACAACCGAUCUCUCCCGGUGGUCGUCUCGCUACUUUCCUUAACUCCAUAUUCACCGGCGCCGGGAACACUAAAAAGCUUAACAAAAUCAACACCACCGUCACUUCUGCCACCGUCGCCGCCACAGCGUCAUCAACCACCACAUGCUCCUCCGCAUCAUCAUUCUCCAGAUCUUGCUUGAGCAAAACGCCAUCGUCUAGCGAAAAAUCGAAAAGAUCCGUACGGUUUUGUCCCGUUAACGUCAUCUUCGACGAAGACUCCUCCUCCAAGUACAACAAGAACAAAUUGUACGGAAACAACGAACGUGAAUAUGAAUCCACUCGUCAUCAUCAUCAAAACUUUGAUACUCUAGAGAUCAGAGUCAUGGAAGAGAAUCGUCGCGUAAUAGAAGCAGCUAAAGAACUUCUGAGAACUUAUCAGAAGAAGAAUAAAGACGUCGUUGAAAUCUCCGGCGAAGACGACGACAACGAUGAUGCGUUGAGUUGCACAAGCUCUGAUUUGUUCGAGUUGGAUAAUUUGUCGGCGAUAGGGAUCGAUAGGUAUCGAGAAGAGCUUCCGGUUUACGAAACAACUCGCUUGAGCAGUAAUCGUAUAAUUUCAAGAUGAUUAUAAUAAUAAAUUACUUGGUUUUGGUGAUAUGUUAUAGACUCUUAUUAGUGUUUUACUAGUAGUAAAUUGUGAGUUUUGUAUUACUAAUUAGAUUUGGUCAGCUCUUGAUUAUAGUUUAUUUUUGAUUUAGUUAAUUACUAAAUUAAAUACAACUUUGAAAUCAAGAAGCGCCAGAGAAAAUUAUUGAAGAUGAGUUGAAAAUUAAAAAAGCAAAAGGCAGAUUUUCUAACCUGUCUUCAAUUUAGACAGCAAAGGGAAGUUGAAUUUUUUUUUUUUUUCAUGUCACCUGAUGGGAUCCACCCAUUCAUAAACUAUGCUUUCUAUUUUCAUCUUUUUUAUUUUUUCUUUUUAUCAAUUUUGUUUUCUUGAA